ACGGAAGUGACGUAACGAAUAUGUUCUUUUUUCCACUAUGUGAAGCUCGGAGGGAACAGGCGACGGGUAACAUGGCUGACGGUGUUGACCAUAUUGAUAUCUAUGCUGAUGUAGGUGAAGAGUUUAGUCAGGAGGCAGAAUAUGGUGGUCACGACCAGAUAGAUUUGUAUGACGACGUGAUUUCUCCAUCUGCGAACAAUGGAGAUGCUCCAGAGGAUCGUGAUUAUAUGGACAGUCUUCCAUCAGUUGCUGAUGAUGUGGGCAAAGGGUCAGCGCCAAAUAUUGUCUACACCUACACAGGGAAGAAAAUAGCUCUAUACGUUGGAAAUCUUACCUGGUGGACAACAGAUGAAGAUAUGGGAGAUGCGUUUCAGUCAUUAGGAGUUAAUGACAUUUUGGAUCUAAAGUUUUUUGAAAAUCGUGCUAACGGCCAAUCAAAGGGGUUUGCUCUCGUUUGUGUUGGAUCUGAAAGUUCUUCAAAAAAAUUGUUGGAGUUGCUGCCUAAACGAGAUCUGCACGGUCAGAAUCCUGUUGUAACACCCUGCAACAAGCAGUUCCUCAGUCAGUUUGAAAUGCAGUCCAGGAAAAGUGCACAGUCUGGACAGAUGUCUGGUGAAGGUAAAGCUGGUCCUCCUGGAGCUAAUUCACGGUUACCAUUUCCUCCAGGUGGAAGAGGCAGAGGUCGCUUCCCAGGUGGCGGUCCAGGUGGGGAAAGAUUCCCAGGACCUGGUGGACCUGGAGGGCCGCCACCACCUUUUCCAGGUGGACAGACCCCACCGCGCCCUCCACCGGGUCCUCCAGGUCCACCAGGUCCUCCUGGCCCACCUCUCCCUGGACAAAAUAUACAUCCACCAAUGGGUGGACCUCCAAAUCGUGGAGAUCGUCCUCCACCCCCUGUAAUGUUUCCUGGGCAGCCUUUUGGCCAACCUCCGAUGGGCCCACUUCCUCCUGGUCCUCCACCUCCUGUUCCAGGAUAUGGUCCACCUCCAGGUCCUCCACCUCCACAACAAGGUCCUCCUCCUCCUCCUGGCCCAUUCCCACCUCGCCCACCUGGUCCUGUUGGACCACCUUUGGCUCUUCCUCCUCCACCACAUUUACCUGGACCACCACCUGGUGCUCCACCACCAGCACCUCAUGUUAAUCCUGCAUUUUUCCCACCACCUGCCAACAGUGUUAUGAAUUCAUCAGAUGGUCGAGGUCCACCUCCUUCAGAAAUGUAUGGGCGCCCACCACCAUAUGACAGAGGAGAUUAUGGUCCACCAAACAGGGACCUGGAUUCAACAAGGCCACCUCUGAGUGAGGCAGAGUUUGAGGAGAUCAUGAACAGAAAUCGAGCAAUCUCUAGUAGUGCCAUUUCCAGGGCUGUUUCUGAUGCAAGUGCUGGUGAUUAUGGAAGUGCAAUUGAGACGCUUGUUACUGCAAUUUCUCUAAUUAAGCAGUCUAAAGUGUCUGCUGAUGAUCGUUGUAAAGUAUUGAUAAGCUCUCUACAAGACUGUCUUCAUGGAAUAGAGUCAAAGUCUUACGGUUCUGGGUCAAGACGUGAACGAUCAAGAGAAAGGGACCAUAGCAGAUCAAGAGAGAAGAGCAGGCGUCAUAAAUCACGUAGUAGAGAUCGACAUGAUGACUACUACAGAGAGAGGAGCAGAGAAAGAGAUAGACAUCGUGAUCGGGACAGAGAUCGUGAUAGAGAGAGAGAUAGGGAGAGAGAGUAUCGGCAUCGUUGAAGGGAGUAGCAAAAUCUACAUCACAAAUUUUGACACAUUGCAGCUGAAGGAAGAGGAAUUUAUAAGAAGCCAAGAAGUCGUUCUACAUGAGGAAACUCAAAUCUGUUUUCAUCACAUGAAUUGACUGAACACGAUGUUUGACUCGUGGAUUAAAAUGGACAGCAGUAGGUCUGACUAAAGCAAAUCUGCGUAUAUGGUAACCAGUAGCUCUACUCUUUUAUGUUGCUACAGUUUUAUUUGAAAAAAAAAUCCUGUGUGAUUAAAAAUGUAUAGCUUUUGUCAACUUUGUUACUGGUUCUAAACAUUUGACAGAUGUGUAAACAAUGACUUAUACGUUUUUAUAGUUUGUUUCAAAAUUGUUAUGUAAAAAGCAUCUCUGAUUACAGCUAAUGUAUUGUAAUAAAAGCUGCUUAAUGGGGCUUAAUGUGUAAAGCUGUUAAGUUCUUGAAGGUAGUACCUCAAUGGAGGUUUUUGUUGUAAUUAAUGUAAUAUGCUUCUAAGCUCAUUCAGUUUUUGUUAGUCUACCAAUGGAUUCCUUACAAACUCUCAUUUUAAUCUGUACAAAUACUUUUGAGUCCUGUUUUCUUGGUACUGACAAUAUUAAUGUAGUGAAUUUCACACACUCGCACUGAACUGUAGUGGGUGUAUGUUUAUUGUUUUGCAGACUUAGUAAACAUUUUGUAGCCUUAAAAUCAAAUUGAUGGGUUUUGCUAUAGUGUGUGAAAUGUAUACAUUUUUGUGCAAAAAGAUUUAGUUUAGAAAAACAUGUUAAUUGGCUGCAGCUGGUUUUCAAAACUGUAUUACUCUGCUUUAUUUUAAAGAGCAAUGCACUGUGCAUGAAACUUAACUUCUGUUUUCAGCUUGAUCUGAAUCUCUGAUUAAAUCUUUAGGUAAUAAACUAAGGUUUUGUACUUUGUAGUCAAAUAGUAUGUUGUAGAUUAUUUAUUGUAAAAGCUUUAAUGAACUCUGUAAUAGUUGAACAGUUUUGAAAUGAGGGCUGCAGCUAAUUAGGUUGUAUUGUUUGUUUUAAGUGUUUGAAUGUUGUGUAUAAUGGAUUCAUUCACCUUUUACUGUUAAAAUUGGUGAAAUGUCAUUGUUGGGCUUUCUUGAAUUACCUAGGCCUGACUUGCUUGACUUGUUCAGUCUGACGCUUCAUUGUAAAUUCUUCACAAAAGUCUUAAGGUCCUGUAGUCAUGCCUAGAAUUUUUAAUUCUGGGUAUUGCAGUGUGUGUGUGUGUGUGUGUAUGUAUAUACUAAAUUUACCCAUGUAAUAGACUGAAGUAUGUAAAUAGGGGGCACAGUUUGUACAGUUAUUUAAAAACAGUUUCUGCCUGGUUUUGACUGCCAUUUUGACAAAUUUGUUACUUAAAUAGGGUUUUUUGAAUUUAUAUUGGCAGGUAUGCUUUAGUUUUAUUUGCUCAUUCUAGAACUGAAAAUUUGAAAGUUUAUUUCCUGUCUAAACUCGAGUCUUUGAAAGCCUAAUUUGCCCUCUACUCUUGUAUGUAGCCCAAAACUGAAGUAUUUGAUUCCUGCAUCCACUGUAAGAAGCCUGUCUUUAAGGAAAACGUUUAAUACACUUAACGUGAGACAAGGCAGAUUGAAUGUCAAUGCAGCUUUAUUAACCAUGUUUUCCAGGUUUAGCCCUGUUAGUCCUACCCAUUUAUCAAAUUUUCUAGCUAGUUGUUUAGUACAGUUGGCUGGGAUAGGUUCUAGAAUUUUUAUUCCAGCUUGGCGUCUGCAUUACGUAUCGCAGAGUGAUGGGUGUUGCACUCCAAAAAUUUGGUUCAUAUGGUGAAUGCAUUUCAUAUGCGGACAUGUCCGUGCAGUUUAUUUUCCGUGCGUUUUUAGAGGUUUGAGUUUUGAACUGUAUUUCUAAAUGGCCAACUUCAUGUUGGGAGUUUGCCCAGAAGUGCUGUUUCAGAAUCAGUACACACCAAAUUCCAGCCCUUCUCUUAAAACUAAUUUUUUAGAUGUAAUUUAUCAUAACUGGAUCUCCACAGUUUUUAAAGUUCCAUUUUAGGGAAGAUCCUGAUGUGCCUUCUCCAGAAGUUAACAUGGCUCUGCGUAUUAGCUUUUAGGUCCAUUUUAGCCUAAGUUUUAAAAAAAAAACAUCAUGUAUAUUAGCUCUGGGAUUACAAUAAAAUCUUUUGUAAUACA